AUGCUCAAGAAGUCAAGAGUAUUGGGUAAAAUUCCAAUUCCAUAUUUGAUAAAAGGCAGUAGCUGUUUCUACUCUACAGUUGUAACAUCAGCGCCAAUUACGUUAGAAGAUUCGUUGCAAUCGAUUCUAUCAGAUAUUCAAGAUGGAUCGAAUAUUGUAACUCCAAAUAAGCCCAACACGAAUUUACUUACAUCGAAGCAACCAAUAAAAGCUUUGAAACACUUGCAAUGGAAAACGAAUUUGAGAGUGAAAAAGACAACCAGGUUGCUCAAAUACUCUAACGAGAAGCUAACUCCAGAGGACUAUUCUGUGUUUGUGAACCAGUUAAUGGAUGUGUACAGCAAAGAUAUUGAACUAUUGAAUAAAACUGAAGUAUGGAAGUCUCUUUACCAUAUUUAUCGAGUUUUUGUUGUCAAUGCCGUUGAUGAUGGUAAUGCCAUGGUCCUGUACGAUUUGAAUCAAUUUGUUAGAAUGUUUAUAAACUUAAACGAUUUACCGUUAGCUAGAAACGUUUUCCAAUUGAUUUUGAAGAAUUCAAAGAAUGGAGAGAUACCAAAAGAUGUUCAGACUAUAUGCAUGUACCUAAGGUUAUAUUGUGGUGCACUAAGCGAAUUAUGGACGACACAAACUUCUCGGAACUUUUAUCAAGAUCUUAUCGGAUCAUUAUCUGGAUCUAACGCAAGUAGCAUUCGUAUCCCAUCGCACAUAGCAUACCCAACGAUCGGAGUACCGCAAUUCCAACUAUUAUUGAGAAAAUUAGUGGAGGAUCCAGAAUAUUCAAAGCUAAGAAAUACGGAAAUGGACUCUUUAAUUAUUCAAGCGUUGGGUCAUUACAAAGAAGUGCCAUUUUUGAAGCAAUACAUUUCAAUUUUUUAUGGCAUCGAUGAGAAUGUUACUAUCACUGAAACUCAUCCGGGAAUAAAGAAAUUAACACCAGAUUCCCAACUCCUAAAAUCAGUGAUAUCUGCAUAUGGACAUAAUAACAACAUCACGUCUGGCAUGACAGUUAUUGGAUCGUUCAUGGAAAAAUACCCCGAAAUGAAUUUGGACAAGUCCUUCUGGCGUACGACUAUUUAUUGGAGUCUCCGGGAAUGGAAUAAAUAUAAAGAUAGCAAGGGAAGUCAACCUAAGAAAGCAUGGAAUUUAAUGCUAAACUGGUAUGCUACCAUUGGAAAAGCGGUACCGUUUGACCAAAAGAUCAUGUUAUAUAGACUUUCAUUCCUAAAGUCCCGUAAAGAUCACAAUGCGGCCAUAAGAGAUGUACAACAAGUAUUCAAACGCAUCUUUAUCAAAACUGAAAAGAACACAUUCAUUGUAGAAAGGUUAGUGCUUUACGCAUACCAGAGGUUCAUCAUAAAAAAUCUUGUAAAUCAAAAUGAGAACGCAAAAUGUGUUGAUUUCAUAAACGAAUGGAGAAUCGAUUUCGAAAACGGCAGAUAUUUAGAAAGGUAUUUCAAAGAACUGACGCACCCCAAGAAUGAAAGUGACGAACAAAAAAAGCUAAAUGACGAAGAUGAUGAUUACAAUUUCCCAUUAUUCGGGACCAAUAUUCUAUAG